CGGAGGCGGGGCAGGUGGGGGCGGGCCCAGGUAGCAGGUUCGGCUGCGCUGGGGCUCGCGCGUCGGAGGUAAAUACUAGGGCGGUGGUGUGGGGCGCCGGGGCGGACCCCGGACGCGAGCUGGAGACGCCGGGGAGAGGGUGUGCACGGCCGCCCGAGGCAUUUGGAUCUGCUGACUUUUCACAGCAUGGACACCAAAUUGCUAAAAACGGGCUUUGGGACUGCCAGUGAGUUUGACUUUUGCAGUUUUACUCCAUACUUAGAAGUUCCCUUUUCUUUUGAGUUAAGAUUUUAGAGUUACUCUCACAAUGAGUUCAGGCUUAUGGAGCCAAGAGAAAGUUACUUCACCCUACUGGGAGGAGCGGAUUUUUUAUAUGCUUCUUCAAGAAUGCAGUGUGGCAGACAAACAGAGCCCGAAGAUCCUUAAAAUCCCGAAAGGGAGCAUCGGACAGUAUGUCCAGGAUCGCUCCUUGGGACACUCUCGGAUUCCUUCUGCAAAAGGCAAGAAAAAUCAGAUUGGAAUCAAAAUCCUCGAGCAGCCCCAUGCAGUUCUUUUUGUGGAUGAGAAAGAUGUUGUUGAGAUAAACGAGAAAUUCACAGAGUUGCUUUUGGCAAUUACCAAUUGUGAAGAGAGGUUCAGCUUGUUUAAAAACAAGAACAGACUCAGUAAAGGUCUCCAAAUAGAUGUGGGCAGCCCCGUGAAAGUACAGCUGAGGUCCGGGGAAGAGAAAUUUCCCGGUGUCGUGCGCUUCCGAGGACCCCUGUUACCAGAGAGGACAGUGUCGGGGAUAUUCUUUGGAGUAGAAUUACUGGAAGAUGGUCGUGGCCAAGGCUUCACUGACGGACUCUAUCAAGGGAAGCAGCUUUUUCAGUGUGAGGAAGAUUGUGGCGUCUUUGUUGCGUUGGACAAGCUGGAGCUUCUGGAAGAGGAUGACAAUGGGCUGGAGAGUGAUUACGCUGGCCCCGUGGACACGGUGCCCGUUGAGCUCCCUCCCCUGGAGAUAAACUCAAGAGUUUCUUUGAAGAUCGGAGAAACUGUGGAAUCGGGAACAGUCAUAUUCUGUGAUGUUCUGCCAGGGAAGGAAAGCUUAGGAUAUUUUGUUGGUGUGGACAUGGAUAAUCCUAUUGGUAACUGGGAUGGAAGAUUUGAUGGCGUCCAGCUUUGCAGUUUUGCAAGUGUUGAAAGUACAAUUCUUUUGCAUAUCAACGAUAUCCUCCCAGAUAAUGUGACACAGGAAAGGAGGCCUCCCAAGCUUGCCUUUAUGUCAAGAGGUGUUGGGGACAAAGGUUCUUCCAGCCAUAGCAAACCAAAGGUUACAGGAUCUACCUCAGACCCUGGAAAUAGAAACAGAUCUGAAUUAUUUUAUACCUUAAAUGGGUCUUCUGUUGACUCACAACCACAACCCAAAUCAAAAAAUACAUGGUACACUGAUGAAGUUGCCGAACAUCCUGCAAAAUCCCUUACAGAGUUGCCUCCCGAGUUUGGACAUGCUUCGCCUCCUCCGCAGCCUCCCUCUUUGAACUCGUUAUCCAGUGAGAACAGGUUCCACUCCUUGCCGUUCAGCUUGACCAAGAUGCCCAACGCCAACGGGAGUAUUGGCCACAGCCCGCUCUCGCUGUCGGUGCAGUCGGUGAUGGGAGAGCUGAACAACGCCCCCGUCCAGGAGAGCCCGCCCCUGGCCCUCUCGGCCGGCAACUCGCACGGGCUGGAGGUGGGCUCCCUGGCCGAAGUGAAAGAGAACCCACCCUUCUACGGGGUUAUCCGCUGGAUUGGCCAGCCGCCCGGACUCACUGAAGUGCUCGCUGGACUGGAACUGGAAGACGAGUGUGCCGGCUGUACGGAUGGAACCUUCCGGGGCACUCGCUACUUCACCUGUGCCCUGAAGAAGGCGCUGUUCGUUAAACUGAAGAGCUGCCGGCCGGACUCGAGGUUUGCGUCCCUUCAGCCAGUCCCCAAUCAGAUCGAACGCUGCAACUCCUUAGCGUUUGGAGGCUACUUAAGUGAAGUAGUAGAAGAAAAUACUCCACCAAAAAUGGAAAAAGAAGGUUUAGAGAUAAUGAUUGGAAAGAAGAAAGGUAUCCAGGGUCAUUACAAUUCUUGUUACUUAGACUCGACCUUAUUCUGCUUGUUUGCUUUUAGUUCUGUUUUGGACACUGUGUUACUUAGACCCAAAGAAAAGAAUGAUGUAGAAUAUUACAGUGAAACUCAAGAGUUACUGAGGACAGAAAUUGUUAAUCCUUUGAGAAUAUACGGAUACGUGUGUGCCACAAAGAUCAUGAAACUGAGGAAAAUUCUUGAAAAAGUUGAGGCUGCCUCAGGGUUUACGUCUGAAGAGAAAGAUCCUGAAGAGUUCUUGAAUAUUCUGUUUCAUCAUAUUUUAAGGGUAGAGCCUUUGUUAAAAAUAAGAUCAGCGGGUCAAAAAGUGCAAGAUUGUUACUUCUAUCAAAUAUUUAUGGAAAAAAAUGAGAAGGUUGGAGUGCCUACAAUUCAGCAGUUGUUAGAAUGGUCGUUUAUCAACAGUAACCUGAAAUUUGCAGAGGCACCAUCGUGUCUGAUCAUUCAGAUGCCUCGAUUUGGAAAAGACUUCAAACUUUUCAAAAAAAUUUUUCCUUCUCUGGAAUUAAAUAUAACGGAUUUACUUGAAGACACCCCCAGGCAGUGCCGGGUGUGUGGCGGGCUCGCCAUGUACGAGUGUCGCGAGUGCUACGAUGACCCCGACAUCUCGGCCGGGAAAAUCAAGCAGUUCUGUAAGACCUGCAACAAUCAGGUCCACCUGCAUCCCAAGAGGCUGAACCACCAGUAUAACCCCGUGUCGCUGCCCAAGGACCUGCCCGACUGGGACUGGAGACACGGCUGCAUCCCCUGUCAGAAGAUGGAGCUGUUCGCCGUCCUCUGCAUAGAGACGAGCCACUACGUGGCGUUUGUGAAGUACGGGAAGGACGACUCGGCCUGGCUCUUCUUCGACAGCAUGGCCGACCGGGACGGCGGUCAGAACGGCUUCAACAUUCCCCAAGUGACGCCCUGCCCCGAAAUUGGAGAGUACUUGAAGAUGUCCCUGGAGGAACUGCAUUCCUUGGACUCCAGAAGGAUCCAGGGCUGUGCGCGGAGACUCCUGUGUGACGCGUACAUGUGCAUGUACCAGAGCCCGACCAUGAGCCUGUACAAGUGACGGGAGCGGCCACAGCAGCGCCUGGCGCAGGCGCGGGUCUCCGGCGGCCGUCCCCGCGAGCUGGCAGUUCUGUUCCACGUCCAUUGCCGGCAAUGGAUGUCUUUGUGGUGACGAUCCUGCGGAAAAAGGAUUCCUGUGUUUAAAUACAAAAUUGCUUUUGUGUUACCGAAGUAUUUAAUAAGAAGCAUUUUGCACUCUAGAAAGUACGUUUUGUGUUGGUUUUUUAAGAAGUCUAAAUGAAGUUAUUAAUACCCGAAGCUUUAAGUUAAGUGCAUCGAUCAUAAGAUAUUUUUGGAAGCAUACAGUUUUAAUUGUGACAGUUUAAAAACCUCUUUUAGUCCAUUGAGAAUGUAAAUAAAUGUGUCUUCUUUAUGGACCAAGGAUAUGAAAUCAUUUUUCCUUUGUAGAUAACAAUUGCCUUGAGGAAGAAAUAUUUUGUUUUUAUGAAGAGUCUACUUUUAAUCCAAUUAUUAAAGUCACACAGAGUUUGAUUUGUUAACCCUUCCCUGUACAGAAUUGAUUUCCUGCAUGUCGGCCGAGUCCCCGUGUUUCUGCAGUAGCUGGCAGAGAGGUACUGAAAUCCUUUCAAUGGUGUUGUUUUCCAUUUCUUCCGGUUUUGAGACAAACGAGUGAUUCUCGUCACAGAAUGUUCAAUUUCAGUGUCGUUUUCCUGGGGGGAGCAGAAUUCUCAGCAGUGGAAGCUCAUCAUGUAACUGUUCAGCUUUUUGAUUUUCGAGUCUCUUAACUCUUUUCUGGAAGAGGGCACAAGAAAUUUCAGAAGAGAUUUGGGUGGUAGACAUAGUAUAUUCCUUACACGACUAUAUAAUCCGUAAAUGACAUCAAUCUGGCAUGUAGAACCAUUCGGUCCUAUUUCCCUGAAGCGGCCCUCUGAGCACCUAAACCGCUAGGACUUUAGAUACCCCCCGAGCACUGCGCCCUGGCUCAGUCCACUAAAUUUCUCUGGAGAUAGUGACGGUUACAAACCACCCUUCAUGAAAAUGUUAGCAGCGGCUUCAUCCUCUGGCUUAGAUUAGUACCAAGCGUGCGUGUUCUUAACUGGUACCACAGUGUGUGUCCAGAGCAAACCCUGAUGCUGUAGCGUAGACUUCCUCGUAGAUUAGCUGAGUGCCGUGUCCUGUGUGGUCCCCAAGUUUGUCCUGUGGCGUUGUCGUCUUUCUGGAAUGACUGCUGACCCAGACAGAGAGAUGGAAGUGUUAUCCUAAGACCUGUCAAACCUCUGUCUGUGAAGCUGGAGAGAACCAUCACAACUCUUGACUGUUUUUUAAGGUACAUUUUCUCUGGAGUGUCAUCAUUCCAUUCUGCCAGUAUUUAUUAGCUUUGUGAGGCACAGAUAUUCUUGCGUCUUGAAUUUUUUGAUUUUUUUUUCUAUUUCUUCACUUUUGAAGUUAAAACAAAAAAUAGUGCAUUGAGUGGGCAGCAGGGAGGAACCUGAACUAGAGGGCCGGCUGCUGGCCGCCUCUUUGGGGAAAUGAGGACCACGGCUCCGUCGUCAUGCCUGAAUCUCUUGCUCUGACCAUCUCUGAGUCCACUCCCCACUCAGGGAAUGUGUGCUGAAUGGAUGGGUGGGCGCGCUUAGCAGGAGGGUUCUUGGCGGUUAUCUGGAGGAACGGUCAGGAGUCUAACUCGGUCAGGCUGCUUUUGACAGCCCUCUGCUGUUGAAGUGAAGACAGGCUGUGAGUUGAGGCAGGGUGGCGCUGCCCAGCCUCACAGCUGGGAGUCUGCAGUGCUUGUCCAGAGGCGCAGACACACGUCUCCUCAGGGGUGGAGGCGCCUCCUCCUCUAUCACUGAUUUUCCUGGUGAGACAAAUUUCCUCAGGGGGCGCUUCCCCUCCUUCCUGGGCGAAUGCUCUCUCGAGGGACCCACGCUGGCUGCCGCGGUUCCUGUGUGGCCCCCGGGCCCAGGCAGGCCUCCUUGUCCCCUCUUGUCAGUAGGUACCGGCAGGCCGGGUACGGUGACAUGGGGCCUAUUGAUUUAUUUAAGUUUUAGCCUUAGAUUUUUCUUUCAGUGUUUCCCUACCAGCUGGUUGUUUUUCUUUUUUUUUUUUUUGCUUUUUGGGUCACACCCGGCGAUGCACAGGGGUUACUCCUGGCUCUGCACUCAGGAAUUACCCCUGUACCCCUGGCCAUGCUCAGGGGACCAUAUGGGACGCUGGGAUUCGAACCCGGGUCAGCCGCGUGCAAGGCAAACACCCUACCCGCUGUGCUAUUGCUCCAGCCCCUCCCUACCGGCUUUUUUAAAUGUUUGAGUUAUUCACCCUUUUCUGCCACCCCGAUAGCCAGAUCGACAGGUUAGUGGCAUCAUCUUCUAAUGUGGUCCGUGAGCCAUAGCUAUAAAGCUGUAAAUAGACAAUGUAGCAAGUCAUCUCCCCAUGACAGUAUGAGAGAGAGAGAUUCAUGCGUAGUGACCAUAUCAUAUACUUGUUCAGUGUCCACUCUCCACUCCAUGAAAGACUUGCACUCCAGCAUCAGAAGAAUGUCCUCGAAGACCAAGAGAAGCAGUCGUACAUCCCAAUGACGUAUGGUCGUUACAGUUGCCCCCAAAUGGUCUCUGAAGCGUGUAAGAUUCUUUUUUUUUUUUUUUUUUUUGCUUUUUUGGGUCACACCCGGCGAUGCACUGGGGUUCCUCCUGGCUCUGCACUCAGGAAUUACUCCUGGCGGUGCUCAGGGGACCUUAUGGGAUGCUGGGAAUCGAACCCGGGUUGGCCGAGUGCAAGGCAAACGCCCUACCCGCUGUGCUAUUGCUCCAGCCCCGAAGCGUGUAAGAUUCUUAUAAUGCACAUCUGCUAAAUUUCAUAGGCAAAUGGCGUCUUCCCAUCCCUUGGAUUCAUUUAUUUCUCGCAGAAUUGAUACCGUUCAGGGACAAGGAGAAAACAGAGUAAUGAGUGGAGCUUGUCUUGCCCCUCUGAUUCCUGUGGACUGACCGGAACAGGGCCUCCCCCUCCCCGCUCUGGGCCUCUCCUCGGGUGGCCUGCAGUGGUUGCAGUGGGGUCGUUUCGGGUCUGUGUGGAUGAGUGUGGGCGGGCGUGGCAGGAAUGAUAGUGUUAGGCUUCAGCUGGAGGCCGGCCAACUAGUAUUAUUGGACUCUGAGGGCCUCGGAUGGAGCGAGAAGGACAGGAGACAGGGGGACCCUGCCCUUAGCUUGCCACCUGCUCCAGCCACAGAGCAUCUGCUUGUCACAUGGGGGCGAGGAGGCAGGUGUGGGGCAGGAGGGGGGGGUGGGGAGCAACAGAGACCUGGCCUCAGCCCUUUCUCAUAGCAUUAGUGGGCAUGACCUGGGGAGGGGGCCUUCGUGUUCUCUGUCUAACCAGGGCGUCGGAACAUUGAAUUCAAUAGGGAAACAGUACGAAUUGCUGGGUCCCAGGGAGAAUCGGCUUGUUUCCUGAGUGGGCCCUGGGAAAGGGGGUGGGGGGGAGAUAGUGAACCCCACUGUGGGACUCCGGUGACCGGACAGAUCUGCAGACCCCCAAACCAGCAGAUCUCAAAAUCUGUCUCUUUAUGCGGCUUGUGUGAUCACCUCCUGUCCCGUGUGAAUCUCUCGACAUGAUUGUGGCCGUUGGAACAUUUACAGGAGAAUUGACAUAGGAAGGGCAUUUUUACGUUUCCCGCAACCCACUGUUUCCCAGAUGUUUUGGAAGCUGUUAAGUCUUGAGAGAUAUGUGUGUAUUGGGACUGUUUUCCUUCCAUUUUAUCAUUUUUGGGGAAAUUGAGGCUCUGGGGAAUCAAAGAAAAGCAAAAUUGUCCUGGAAAGUUAGAGGGAAAAAAAGUGUUGCAUUGUUUCUUCAUACCCACUUCUGUAUAAUGAGCGCCCUAGACUAAGGAGGUGAUUAUUCUCGGGGAGGGGGGUGGAAUUCGGCCCUCUAGUCAAAAAUGUCCUUGUCCUUUGGAUGACUUCACCCACGACUCGCUUAAGGGGGACGGUGCGUGUACCCCAAGGGUGGGCGGUAGAGGAUAGCCUCGUACAGUGAAAGCAGAGGGGGGUGGGGAGAGGGAGCCCUUAGCAAAGUGUUCCCUGGCCGUCCAGACCAGAGGUGGGUCUUCCACGGACUCGGGGAGACACUGCCAGGGGGUCUCGCAGAGCGGGGCCCCCUGCGGGGAGGUACCGUGGGGUGGAGGCGUUUGUGUUCUCAGUUUUAUUGGGAAAGGGAGGAAGGAAAAUAAUCCAAGGCAACGGUGGGGCUUAUGGAGUCAGACAGCGGGGGUCAAAAGCUCCCCUGAGAACUAAGCCCGGGGGGGGGGGUCAGAGGACAGGGGCUGGGUCGCGACCCUCUUCCCUGACCACCGUGGAAUCUGCCUGUGUCCUGGCAGCCUUGGCGGGACCAGGCGGCUCCCCCGGGGACUGGCCCGCAGGUGGCCUUGCAGUGUUCGCUCUGACGCUUUCUGGCGGUUGUGAGGAGCCUUUGUCUCGACUUCCUUGAGUGGCCCGGGCACUGGGGUGCCGAGCUUCACGCGUCUCGGUCGUUUGUCCUAAGGUGGGUUGUUUAAAAGCCCCGUUUGGAUCUUUCUGACGGUUGCUGGGUGCAAGGAGCGCGUUCGUACUGAGUUUCCCCCAUCUGCUAUCUUGCUCAAGUUUUUUUUUUUUCGCCCCCUAAAGAACAUCCUAUAUCUAUGAAGCCUUUCUUUUAAAAGUUACCACCGCCACAUAAACAUCCCUUGACUAUCAGAUUGCUCUGAUUUAGCCUUAAUUUUGUUAAAUUUUUUAGAGAUGACUGAAGUGCUGCUCUGGAAAGAAAUGUAACUACAUGCUAUUUCUGUAUCAUUAAAAUGAAAUUUUUAUGGUUC